GAAAUUUUACUUUUUGUUUGUCAUAAUGUUCAUAAAAGUCUAUGAACGUUCUAUAAAUAAAAUAAUUCUAUUAUUUGUAAAUAUUCCUUGUUUCUUUCUUUACAUAUAUAUAAUCCCGGGACUAGUCCCGGGAUCCCGGGAUGGAAUCUAAAAAAUCCCGAAAUCCCGGGAUCCUAAAUUGUAUCCGGGAUUGGAAACUCUAAUCGCCAUCAACUUGCGCGAUUAUUCGUUUGUAACAUUUCCAGAACUUUGCAUAAACGCGAGAUAGCUUCUUUGCUAUGAACGGAAAUAAUUUCAAUUCCGCGCGAGCAAUCGAGCUCGGCAAGAACCAUCGUAAUCGCUUAUUUCACUGCGGCAGUUGAAUGGAUUUUGAAAAAAGAAAAAAAGAAGAAAAAAACGGGGCUCGGCAGGGUGGACUGUCGCUCCGAAAAAGAAUCUCUUCGCACGCGCGAGUUUUCAUUGAAGUCGCGAAUGCUAAUUAACCGACGUGUCGUCGCUUCGGUGAAAAUCCGUAUGUGCUUUCGCAUUCGCUGCGCGAGCACGCACGCACACUCCGACGUUCGGCUUAGUACAGAGGCGGAAUUAAUUACCCGACGGCCGGAGCGCAUAUCGAAAUAAUCAAUAACGCGUAGCAUGUAAUUAGAACGUUAAAAAUACCGCGCUUUACAUUACACACCCCGUUAUUAAUCGAACGCGCGCGCGAGCGAGCUAGCUGCUAGCGUUUGUGCCGCUCUCGCCGGUGUGUACGCCGUGUAUUGUGUGGCUCUCGUAUGAGCGAGGGGUUCACGCGGCGCGAACAUUUUGUGUGCAGUGUUCGCUCGAGUUUCUCGACGCUGCCGUGCGUCGUCGUCUCGGCCACGAGAGAGCGCGAGAUCAACGGGGGAAGGUAAUAAAAUAGUAAGGAAACGGCUGUGUUGCGGCGUUUCGCGUCGCUUCGUCUGACUGGUGUAGCGUCCCGUCGCGUCGGUUGGACAGAGAAAAUCUGAGGAAGACAUCGGAAUGAGAGCGACGUGCAUGAUGAAAAUGACGCCGGGAAACACGUCGGCUAUGGUGUGACUUCGCGGACACCGUGUAUAAAAAGAACACGGGAAGCCGAGAAAGUGCGACGAGGGGGAGGCGGAGGCUGAGUGAGAAUAAGAGAGAGAGGAGAGAGGAGGGAGCGUCGCGUCGUUGUAGCUUUUUGACAAUUUAGCGGCGGCGGGAACAAAGGUCAUGGCAACGCCGCCAGACUCACCGGGACCGGAAGAGGCCUUCUUCGACUUCGAGAGUACGAGGGCGAGGCAGCAGACCACCAGGCCGGUGCCUAUAGAAGAGCUUCUCCGACAGACCAAGUUCUCCCGCCAGGAGAUACGAGUUAUGUAUCGAGGCUUCAAGCAGCUUGGCUUGUAAGUGGAUACAUCCGCCGUGAUGAAAGCUGUCAAGGAUUAACGUCCUCGCUAGUAUAGUGCCAGCGGAUUCGUGAGACCUACAAGUUGCCUUACCCAAACACGAUCGUGCAUUACGAGGAAAACCCAUUUAUCUAUUUACUUAUAUAUCUAUUUAUCUACCCAUAUAGCACACGGACGUCCACUGGACGUCCAUUAUAUGUCCAUUUUUUUUACAAAAACGUCCAUAGGACGUAC